GAGAGAGAGAGAGAGAGAGAGAGAGAGGAGCAGUGAGCAGUCAGUCCUUCUCUCAGCAGCAUCAUGGCUCCUAUCGGAUUAAAGGCGGUGGUCGGAGAAAAGAUUAUGAAUGAUGUCAUCAAGAAGGUGAAGAAGAAGGGAGAAUGGAAGGCUCUGAUCGUGGACCAGCUCUCCAUGAGGAUGUUGUCGUCCUGCUGCAAGAUGACAGACAUCAUGACGGAGGGAAUCACCAUCGUGGAGGACAUCAUGAAGAGACGAGAGCCUCUCCCCAGCCUGGAGGCCAUCUACCUGAUCACACCUACAGAGAAGUCUGUUCACACCCUCAUCGCAGACUUCAAAGAUCCUCAUUCAGCCAAAUACAAGGCAGCUCAUGUUUUCUUCACUGACUCCUGUCCUGAUCCUCUGUUCAACGAGCUGGUGAAGAGUCGCGCUUCCAAAUCCACAAAGACUCUGACGGAGAUCAACAUCGCCUUCUUACCCUACGAGUCUCAGGUGUACUCCCUGGACAACCCCGAUGCCUUCCACAGUUUCUACAGCCCCCAUAAGACCCAGCUGAAGAACCCGGUGAUGGAGCGGCUGGCGGAGCAGCUGGCGACGCUCUGCGCCACCCUGAAGGAGUAUCCGGCUGUCAGAUACCGAGGCGAGUACAAGGACAACGCCACCCUGGCCCAGCUGGUUCAGGACAAACUGGACGCCUACAAGGCUGAUGACCCCACUAUGGGAGAGGGUCCUGAUAAGGCUCGUUCUCAGCUGAUCAUCCUGGACCGGGCGUUCGAUCCCGUCUCUCCCGUCCUGCAUGAGCUCACCUUCCAGGCCAUGGGCUACGACCUGCUGCCCAUCGAGAACGACGUCUACAAGUAUGAGACCAGCGGUAUCGGAGACUCCCGUGAGAAGGAGGUGCUGCUGCAUGAAGACGAUGACCUGUGGGUCAGCCUGAGACACAAACACAUAGCCGAGGUGUCCCAGGAAGUGACCCGCCAGCUGAAGGACUUCUCCGCCAGCAAGAGGAUGAACACUGGAGAGAAGACCACCAUGAGGGAUCUGUCCCAGAUGCUGAAGAAGAUGCCUCAGUACCAGAAGGAGCUCAGCAAGUACUCCACCCACCUGCAGCUGGCUGAAGACUGCAUGAAACACUACCAGGGGACAGUGGACAAGCUCUGCCGCGUGGAACAGGAUCUGGCGAUGGGAACAGACGCUGAGGGGGAGAAGAUCAAAGACCCGAUGAGGGCCAUCGUCCCCAUCCUGCUGGACGCCAACGUCAGCACCUACGACAAGAUCCGCAUCAUCCUGCUCUACAUCUUCCUCAAGAACGGCAUCACGGAGGAGAACCUGAACAAACUGAUCCAACACGCUCAGAUUCCUCCUGAGGACAGUGAGAUCAUCACCAACAUGGCUCACCUGGGGGUCCCCAUCGUCACAGACUCGACCCUCCGCCGAGGAAAGAAGCUGGACAGGAAGGAGAGAGUCAGCGAGCAGACCUACCAGCUGUCCCGCUGGACCCCUCUGGUCAAAGACAUCAUGGAGGACGCCAUCGAUGAUAAACUGGACACCAAACACUACCCGUACAUCCCACCCCGCUCCUCCGCCUCCUUCAGCACCACCGCCGUCAGUGCUCGGUACGGCCACUGGCACAAGAACAAGACCCCUGGAGAGUACCGCACCGGGCCCCGCGUCAUGGUCUUCAUCAUCGGCGGCGCCUCCUUCAGCGAGAUGCGCUGCGCCUACGAGGUCACGCAGGCCAACGGGAAGUGGGAGGCGGUCAUCGGAUCUACCCACAUCUUCACCCCCACCAGCCUGCUGGAGCAGCUCAAGGCCAUGAACAAACCAGACGAGGAAGUUACGAGCUAAAAUCCUCCGAUAUCUCACAUCUCUCUCCUCUUUCCCCUUUGACCCUGUUCCCCCCAUCUUUCCCCAUAAAUCUCCACAUUAAUUGUGUAUGCAUCUUGCUUGAGAAGAAAAAGAAAUCUUAGAUGAUAACAAAAAAAAGAUAUAUGUUGUAUCAAAGAAUAAAACUGUUGCAAGUAUUCUCAUGUUUUACAAUGGAUGCAACUAAAUGAACUUAUUUAAAAGAAAAAAAGGUUUAAAUAUGAGAAUAACAGAAGGCCAUUUAAAACUGAAAGUACCAAAAUGUAAUAUUGUAUGCUAUGAAACCUGUGCAAAAGUUUCAAGACAUUUUCUCUCGUUUGUUCCUUUCGGUGUGAAUUUUAUUGGAAGCGGGACGACGAGGAGGGAUGAUGUGCAGUUUGAGAGGUUGAUGUUGUAAAAUAUAUCAUUCUAUCAGUCAACAUGCAAUAUAUAUAUGAAUAUAUUCAUCAGAGAGGAGUCCCGCCCACCCGCCCCAUUGAGAUGUUCGUAUACAGUAGCAUGCUUGGACUUUGUGUGGACCGUUUAUGUGUUUGUAUCCAGUGUGGAUGUUCUGGGAGCCACAGAGUUAGCACAGUUAGCACUUAGCUUUUUCAUAAGAUGUUGAGUUGGAAUGCUGCACCAAAGAUCUUUGUUUUGAGUAUCAAUAAGUACAAAUAUGUGUGUGGAGACUUUUCAAACCACUCCUGAAGCCUCAAGAACCAUUAUGAGAUUCAACUUUAUUGUCAUUGAACUGAAAUGAAUGGACUAAAAUGCUUUUGCAGCCACACUUAGCGCCCCCCCGCUGUAAUUUUUGGUAGAAUGCAGCUUAAGGCACUUCUUGGUUUGCCUCCCUGAGUAACAAGUUUGUUACUCUUACUCUUGUUAUUCUUCAAAUGUAUUUUGUCUAUUGAUAACAUCAGAGGGUAUUGAAAAGUAAUUUCUUUCCCUCUGAAAUGCAAAUCCAAUUUAAUGGACUCAUAAAAUCCAUCCAUUUUAUGAGUCAAUCUAGUGGACUCAUAAAAUGAAGAAAAUGGUUCAUGAGGCUUCAUUGGCACAUCACCACUAUUAUCCACUACUUUUAAUUAGUUAAAACUUACUAAAACUAACUGAAUUUGAAGCAUGCUGCCCCCGCGACCCGGCCCCGGAUAAGCGGAGGAAAAUGGAUGGAUGAAAUUGACAACGAAAUUCAAACUAAAACUAAUGAAAAAUUACUAAAAAACUAUUAUAACCUUGAAAGAUUUCUCCAAACAAUUUCCCACAGGUGAGGGAAUUAAAUUGUGGGGUUCAAAACUUAAUUUACAUGAAGUUUAAAAAUGUUUAACUUCAUACUAAUGAGGGCGUAAACAACACUUUAUGGCUAUUUGUCUGCUUACGUAGUGUUUGAUACUCAAAACAUCCAUUUUUUGGUGUCAGUGUUGAUGUAGAAAUGCUUGGUUGAGACAUUGGAAAGAGAGAGAGCUCUGUUGUAAAAAGCCAGAAUCGUCCCUCCUCCGGCUGCCGAGACUGUAAAGUAUUUACUUACCACAAUCUUUUUCCUUUUUACCGGAGAAAAACUUCACGUUUUAAUGUUGAAAAACGCCCGUUGCUUGCUGAUAUUUAAUGACUAAUAAUGUUAAAAAGGGCCGGUUGUAUUUCAGUAUUGUAUCCUGUCAGAUUAAGUCUUCUCAUUGGUUAGUAACGAUGUUUCAUUGGGCCAUGCACUGACUCGUGUUGUGUAAACGCCAUUUGUUGCUGUUUUAGCGUCUCACUGUUGACUGGUGAUAUUUCUGACUGUGAAGUAGUAAAACUUUUCCUUUUAAAAAAAAAAUGUCAAUGUGAAGCCGCCGUGUUUGUGAUGUUUUAGCUGUAGCUGUUAGUGGUCAACUGGGAAAAAGAAUUAAUAUCUAUAUUUUCUUUGUCUGUUUUCCUCCUCUGGUGCAACGUAAAACCCUCCAGUGGUGAAUGGCUUUGCAGAAAAACACCCUUAAAUCCACUUUGAUUUCCUCGUUCCUGGCCAUACAAGUUGUAUAUUGCACUAUAAUGCGUUUUCUGUGAUGCAAACGCUUGACUUUGUGUUCAUUUUUUUUCUAUUAUAAUUUGCUGUUGUAUAGAAUUUACUCUGUCAAAUCAAUUGAUCAAUUUAUCAAAAUUAUUUAUCAGAGAAUUAAAAAAAUAAUAGUGAUGCAUUAGUCUGUCCUAAAACUGUUUAACUUAUUGGGAUUGUAUGUUUGCGAGUGUUGAAGCACAAACAAUACUUCCAUGUGUAAUAAUAUGUACUAAGGCUGUCUAAUAAAUUGGCUUCCAUUACAUCAAA